CCCUUGGAGGCGGCACCGGCCCUGGGCCCCGAGGCCCGCCGCGCCCUAUCGGGCCCGAGCCGAGUGGCCCCGCGGAGCCGGCGCGCUCCCGCCUGCAGGGGGAGGGCGGACGGGGCGCGGGGACCGGCCAGGCCGCGGCGGGCGCUGUUUCUCUUUCACUUUCCUUCCCUCUGAGGCCGGCGCGCUGGCGGGCGAGGAGCGGUGGUGGCGGCGGCGGCGGCUGCCGCGGGAUAUGGGAAAGCCGAAUCACCAAAAGGAGUGAUGACCAGCGAUCUCGUGAUAAAUCUGGAUGUUAGUUCUCAUGCCUCAGGACAUCCAGUUGGGAACUCCACACCAGCUCCUGGGAUCAAACUUCAUCCACUUACUACCCCUCUUUGCCUGAACUACUAAAGCCUAGCUAACCACGAAUGGCUACCCAAAGGAAACACUUGGUGAAAGAUUUCAAUCCUUACAUCACCUGCUACAUCUGUAAAGGGUACCUGAUCAAGCCAACUACAGUGACGGAAUGCCUCCAUACCUUCUGCAAGACUUGUAUUGUCCAACACUUUGAAGAUAGCAAUGACUGUCCAAGGUGUGGCAACCAAGUGCAUGAGACAAAUCCAUUAGAAAUGUUGAGGUUGGAUAAUACAUUAGAGGAAAUUAUAUUUAAGCUGGUCCCUGGACUACGAGAACAGGAACUUGAGCGUGAAUCUGAAUUCUGGAAGAAAAAUAAGCCUCAAGAAAAUGGACAAGAUGAUACUUCAAAAGUUGACAAACCUAAAGUAGAUGAAGAAGGUGAUGAAAAUCAAGAUGAUAAAGACUAUCACAGAAGUGACCCACAAAUUGCUAUAUGUCUAGAUUGUUUACGAAAUAAUGGACAGUCAGGGGACAAUGUAGUAAAGGGUUUAAUGAAGAAAUUCAUUCGGUGUUCUACGCGUGUAACUGUGGGAACUAUUAAAAAAUUUUUAAGUUUGAAACUAAAACUUCCAAGUUCUUAUGAGUUGGAUGUGCUGUGCAAUGGUGAAAUUAUGGGGAAGGAUCACACUAUGGAAUUCAUCUACAUGACAAGAUGGCGACUAAGAGGCGAAAACUUUCGGUGUCUGAACUGCUCAGCUUCGCAAGUCUGCUCUCAGGAUGGCCCUUUGUAUCAGUCCUAUCCCAUGGUAUUGCAGUAUCGACCAAGAAUUGAUUUCGGUUAGACCAAGGGGCCUCGAUUCCCCCGAGAUGAAUCCUGCACUUUGUUUACUCAUCAACAGAUCGCACAGUGAACGGUGUGUGGACGAGAGGGACACAACCAGAUUUUCAGCAUGCAAAUAAGGCCAUUUGUCUGUCUCUAAAUUGUCAGUUACAUUUAUGUUGUUUCUAUUGAGAGUGAACCAAGUGCCAUUCUGCUACUGAACCAUCCGCAUAAGGUAUCUUUGCCGUCUCACGGUGUUCAGUACGGCCAGGGUUGGCAUCAGCUAGGUGUGCAGCCACAAUCCAGCCUCCCACGUAGCUUGCUUGCCUGUUCCCAGACUGUCCUGAUGUUUGAUUACACUAGUACUAUGACUCUGUGUGGUGUUGCAGUGUUCACAUACUUAAUAUUUUAUUAACUUUUGUUUAGAGUACUGUACAAGAAAUAAUUACUGUCUCUUGAAGUUAUUUUGUAUGGGAAAGUAUUUAGAAGAAUGGUUUUUGAGCCACUGUCCUGUUCUCAGUAAGCUUUUUGUGCAUGAAAUAGUUCACUCUUGAGUGUGCAAGUCUUUGGGGAAGAAUGCCAAUCAUUCUUAUCAUUAGAGCACAUGGUAGCAGUAGACCUUUUCAGUCCUCCAGCUGUGUAGUCUGCCAGUUGCACAAGGAGAGCAGCUUAGCCCUCGGGAUGGAAAAUGGGAGGGACUUCGUGGAGACCUGAGGUGGGAUUCACAACCAUUCAAGAUGUUGACAACUGGUCACAUUUACUCUAACAAAAUUAAUGCAUCAGUAAGGUCAGACUUUCAUAAUGCCUUAUGAAAAGCAGGUGCUGCUUCACGAAACGUCGCUGUGUAUAGCCUGUUUUAUGUGUGCGUCAUUAUAUUGUGGCUCCCAUUUAAUGAGUGCGGUGUCUCUCUUUUUAAGUUGGCCUUAGGUGUGUGUCAUUGUGGCAUGCAGAGGGUUAGGAUGAUUUUAAAUAUUAGGACUUUUAGAGCAGAUAACAUUAGCUGUUUUAUGGAUUUCAGAAGUCUCAAGGCAAUUACCAAUCAAAACUGUUAGUUACCUAUCACAUUUCCAAACCAUAUGCGUAAAAUAGAAUAAAUGCUGUGUAGUAGGUAAAUAUGCUAACCGAAAUUAAUGGUUUGAGGAUAUUUCAUUUUAGAUCCUGUAGUAAUCAGGGGGAAACGGGAUUCUGUUUUAUACAUAAAUUCAUUAAGUUCAGAGCUGUGAUAAUGUCCUUGAUUUUGCAGUUUUGUUAAGUCUUCCGUUCAUUUUGAGAUUAGUCUGCAAGUCAAAGAAAGUCUUGUUACCUUCAAUUAUAUGAAGAACUUCAUUUAAAAUCUUUUAAAAUUUACAGUUGUUUUCAAAAAACUUCUUUGGAAAUCAAGUUUUAUUAAUUGCUUCAAAAUAAACAAGUUAACCUCUAAAACUUAGGAAAAAUCUUGAAAGUUAGGAAAACUCUUUUAGAAAUCUGACAUGAGCACAAUCUGUGUGUUACACACAUAGUUUUUAUACUGUAUACAUUAUAGAUGUGCUACAUUUUCCAGUAAAAUGUAUCACGGAUUAAUGCCUUCUGAAUCUGAAAAUGCUUCUUGUAACAUUGUACAACUCUAAAAAACAUACAAAAUACAGCUAAAUCUUGAUAUACUUCACAACAUAAAAGGCUGAAACUUCAUAAUUAUCUCUUCCAUGUGUCUUUGUUUCAAGUUAGAGAGUCUGUAUUAAAGUCUUCUAUUGUUUUUGUUUUGACUUUUGUGACAAAGGUUAUGGCAAUGCUUUCUGAAUUUCAUUUUGUUAGAUUGUGUUUGUGCCUGGAAGGACUCACAAGCAGAAUUUAAAAGGCAGAUUUUUGUUAACUCUUUAAAAAUGGUUAGGUUACACUCAACCAAGAACAGAAUUUACUCUCCGCUACAGAAAUUAUUUUGCUGUGCUAUGAAAUCCAGUUCCCUGACAUCUCUAAGAAAUUUUAAAAUCGCAGUCAGUGAUUAAAAUGGUAUUUUACAUAUGGAAGUUAAUUAACUCAAAAUGGAUUGAGAGUGCAUUUUAAAAACCACAAAUGAGACCUGCAUGUGAUUGGGUCUCCAGCCAAACUUACAGCCUUAAAUCAGUUUUGUAUACCUGAUCUCUUUCAAUCUGGCCUGUUGUUGCCUCAUCUCAUGUAAUUUCACUCUUUUCCAAGGAAAUACUUAGGAAGCAAUUAUGGGAUUGAGAAUAGUUUUAUAUAAAACUCCGUUAUUCCAUGUUAACCUGUUAACAUUUUUACUGAAAUGCAAUGGAAUAUGUGCCAAAACAUGUGAAAGAAAACCUUAAGUAAAGAAGGGUAUCAGUUACGAGUUAGGGGAAGGUACUCAUUUUGUGAUGGUCCUGAGUAAUACAAUGUUACUAUUAAGAACCAUAGACUUCUUCAACCGACUUCUUUUGGUAUAUUCAACUAUGAUUUUCUAAGUAUGGGACUACUAUCAUGUCUAGCAAUACACUAAUUAUCCCCUAAGUCAGAUUGUGGAAUUUGUAAGAAACUAGGUACAGAAAAAAAUAUAUAGGCAACUUUUGUGGUUAGUUUUAUCAGCUUAGGGUACUAAUAAAAGUCUUUAUGUAAAUAACCUGUAGAAAUAAUCAUUUGAAUCCGCAAAAUUGGGGAAUCAAGUUAAAAUUUUUUAAUCUAUCGUUUCUUAAGCAACGAACUGAAAGAACUUUACUUCCAUAAAAGAUUUUACCAUCUGUUUUCUCUGCCUUAGAUAUCAGAGAUGUAAGAGGGUCAAGGAACCCGGGGUAUAAAGAAGGACUGUGGCUUAUAGAUCCCACUUUAGCUGGGGUCAUCACAUCCAUUAAUAGGAGAAUCAGAAUAUAGCCUUUUCUCUAGAUUAACAAAACACUUUUAAGAAGUAUAAAAAAUGAACUAAAAGGUUUAUUGAUGAGGUAAUAUAAGGUCUUUCAGUCUGGGGUGCAGGUACCUUGGGUAAUAUCUUUUAAUUACUUUUCUAAAAGUGUAUUAUUUCUUUAUUCAUUGGAAAUAUGUCCCAUACAAAUAUGCCACGUUUUAUAAAUGUAAUGAGUUUGCUCAACUACAUUAUACACUCCAAUUUAAUCUAAAUUUAAAUGACUCUCUAAGGGGGGGGAAAGUGUGUUAUAUAAUAUUGUGAGCUGUUUAGCUUUACUGAAAUCUUUAAGAGAAAGUGCCUCAUUGCUAAAGUGCAUUUCUGUUUAGAUUUGUUGCAUAAACUUUGAGUUAUCUGUACCUGUCUCUUAUGAAUGGUUUUGUAUCUAACUAGGCACUAAAGUUAAAGUAAUUUCUUUUUGAAAGAUUUUCAUAAGAAAUAGAGAUCACCAAAGACAUUCUACUGUUCAUUAAUAACCAUGGUAAGAGAGACAGUUUUAACAGUUUGGAGGUUGGAAUUUUUUAGGUUGCAGUUUAAUUUUAUAUAGUUAGUAACUCAAUAACCUUGAGUAACUACUAAAAUAUCACCAAAGAAAGGCUUUAAACUGAAUUUUUGUGAUGAGAUCAAUCAAAUGUGGGUUUUUCUUGCAAUAAUCAGAGCACACUUCCUUUCAAAUAUGUCCCUUGUUUUUCCAGCAUCACUUGAUAGGUCAAAUCCUCAAAGGUGAGAAAGAGAUGAAACACCACAAUUGGCUCCCCCUGGGUGUAAGGGGGAGAAAUGCAUCCUUUGAAAAGAAAACUAAAAUGGAAAAUUUAAACUCUUAUUUGAGAAGCUCUUUAAUCCAUUUCAUGGACGCCAUAUAAACUAAAACUGGGUUUAUUUAGUUCCUGGGUUCUUAAUAACAGAAGAAAUUUUACUAAAGGCAGACUUUAGUAGAAGUGCUGACCAUGCUGCUUACAUGUAUAGAAAAUUAGUACAUGCUAUUAGACUUCCAUAAGUAAAUGCUUUUUUUGUAUCCAAAAGCAAAUUUUUCAUAAAAGCCUAUUAUUUUUUAAAUUAACUCUUUGUCCUGUUUCUCAGUGAUUACUUUAUUGUGUUUAGAAUUUAGCCGUACAGCCCAGCUUGGCACAGUGGGUCCCAGAUCGAGAGCAUAUGCAUCAAGGAAGCAUUGCCACCCCCCCACCCCCCACCCCCAUUUUCCUUGGGAGCGGACACCAGGGCCACCUUGAAGGUACAGCUCACACGGUUCAGUCUUUCUGAUCGGCCACUAGACAAACCUCCUUGGAGACACUCUGUUACAUACUCUGGCUUAUCAUAAGGAAUCUUCCAGCAGGCUUAGCCUUAUAACCAGUAAGACUUUGGUUAUAGGAAUUGCAAAAAAUGAAGGAGUUCAUCAUAACUUUAACGUUUGGGAUGAGAAAACAUGAAAAUGCUCUUAAUACUUUAAAAUUUAUAUCCCUGCCCUAAGGAACGUAGCAUGUCUGCCAGAUCUGGUCUGUGAAAACCUGAAAAAUAUUAAAUAUACUAGAGACUCAGAAACCCUUUUGAAAGCACAAAAUAACCAGCCAAUUCUGGAUUUACUUGAUACACCUAGUAUCGUGUGUAGUAUUUUGAUGGAAAAACGUCAGAUUGAAAGUUCAUUAAAAUGCACUUAAAUACAAGAUGUUUAUGGUUUUUUCUUAAAGCAAAGACAUUUUCCCAAUAAUUUGAAAUUAUUCUCUUCCUCAUGUAAUGUAGUCUUCACAAAUAGUAUGUUUACUCACUAUCCUUACUGUAUUUGCAAAUAGAAUUAAAAUGCUUAAGCACUUCCUUUUCAGAAAGUUAUGAAAUUAAACUUAAAUAUAAUUUAUUUUAAAUGCUCAUUCAAAUAUGUAUACUCAUUCUGCCCCUUUUUCUAGGAUUCAGUACUGAGACAUUCAGAAAUCCUUUUAGUUUUAAUUCUCUUCAAAUAGAGAAUCAAGUGAAACAGAGGUAUUAAAAUACUGGGUCUAGUUUUCUUUCACCUUUCAGAGCUUUGUGGAGUAAAAAACUAAUCUAGAACAAAUGAAGAUUAAAUAUUUCUGGGCAAUGUAGAGCUAGGAAACAGAUCGUCUAUCCCUAGACUUCCCCUCAGUCCACUGGAACAGGCAGAAGUUCUACAUGUUAGAAAUGUCAUGGGAUCAGCCUACCAUUUUGGGGGGGGUCGGUUUUCUUUUGCUGUAUUUUUUAGAAUGGGGAUGGGGGCCCAAGUGUCCUUAUGAAGCUGUGGCCCACGAUAAGAGCUUGUGGGAGAGCGCCAGUGUCCGCGGCCUUCCCACAUCUGGCAACACAACAGCAAGCACCAGUUUUUAAUAGAGUAGCCCUCACGUGACAGAACCAUCCUAGAAUAUAUUGUACAGUUAUGUUGCUAAUUUUCCUUUGAAAUAUAAGAUAUUUUAAGCUUUUUUUGUCAAAAGUGGUAACAUCUUAAUACAGAUAAAAACCUUUUUGUGGUUGUAAGAUUUAGCUUAUAAAUCAUUCAAAUUGAAGUGAAAGAUUACCAGGUCAUUGUUAAUGACUUAGUCUAUUAAGAAUAUAUGUAUUUUUGUAAAGGAAAAGCACUUGUAGAUAUUUAAUCAGUACAAGAUAUAUGUCUGUUUUGCAGAAAUAAAAUGCUGCUUAGAGAUUCUCUUUAAAUAUUUUUUAUUUUUGUGCUCAAAUGUAUUUUCUGUUGAUCUAUGGAAUGUUCUGUAUAAAAAAGGUGUAUGGUUGUACUGUUGGGCUAGAUUCUUUUGUUUUUUAAAAUCUGGACUUAGCCAAGUAUAUUUGACCAUGUUAAAAAAUAGUAUCUUUGUUAUUAAAUUUUUGAUUGCAUAA